AUGUCCUUAGAAACCGUCCCAGCUCCGUUUAUCGUGGAGCAAAUGCAUCCCAUUAUUGUGCCUUCGUAUGCAGGGUGGUUUGAUAUGUCUAAAAUUCAUGAUAUUGAACGAAAGUCGAACCCAGAGUUUUUUAAUGGAAAAUCUCCUCUAAAGUCCCCAAGUGUUUACAAAGAAUAUAGAGAUUUUAUGAUCAACACUUAUCGCUUGGAACCCACUGAAUACCUAACUGUUACUGCUUGUCGCCGAAACUUAGUUGGUGACGUAUGUGCCAUUAUUCGUGUGCAUGCAUUUUUAGAGCAAUGGGGUCUCAUUAAUUACCAGGUGGAUCCAGAGACAAGACCCCCCUUUCGACUUCCUCCAGUCUCUGGUCAUGUGCAAGCGAUCAACAACACUCCCAUCCUGACCCAGGAAAUACUUUCUCAACAUGCACCGAUCAAAAACGAAAACGAAACCCCUACACCCAAGUUCUUAAAAGUGGAAGAACGCGAAUAUGACCCAAAAGAAGAAAAACUCAAAGUAAAAGAUGAUACUCCGGAGAAGGAUCCACCAUCCUCUUUGCUUCCUCACAAGACCUGCUACUCUUGCGGUGUUGAUUGCUCGCAAGCAUGGUACCAUAAUCUCAAAAAUAAAGAAUAUACCAUCUGUCCUCAUUGCUACCACCAAGGCCGUUUCGCAAGCUCUUAUACUUCUUCUGACUUUUUGUUUAUGGAAGGCGUUACGUUUGCUCAUGAUCGAGAUGCCCCGUGGACUGAGCAGGAAACCCUAUUAUUACUAGAAGGAAUUGAAGAAUACGAUGAUGAUUGGAAUCAAAUUUCUCUCCAUGUCGGUACACGUACAAAAGAACAAUGUCUAGUGCAUUUCUUACAAUUACCAAUUGAAGACCCUUAUAAGAAGGUUCAACAGGAUGAUUAUGGCCCUUUUCAGCAAGGAUUUCUACCUUUCAGAGAAACUGAGAAUCCCGUGUUGAGUACCUUGACAUUCUUAGCCUCUAUCAUCCAACAGCAAACCAAUUCAAAUCCCUCUGCAAAAUUCCCAACUGAGAAGCAUUCUGAAAGUCCUGAAAAGAAAGAUAAGAAAAUGGAUUCACCUUCAUCAAAUGCUCUAGAGACUGCCGCACGUGCCGCGAUAAAUGCUGCAGCUGAGAAAUCAAGGAUAAUAUCCUCUUGUGAACGCAGACAUUUACGUCGUCUAGUUUUUCUUCUUAUUCAAUCUCAGCUUGAAAAAGUUGAAAUAAAAAUGAAGGUUUUAGAAGAACUGGAAAAAUUCUGUUCUUUGGAGCUUUCUGAAUUAGACGUCCGUGCCAAGAAACUCAUCCUUGAGCGCCUUUCAACCAAGAGGAUGCUCUUAGAAUUCGACUCACAAUUAAAAGGUGCUCUUAAUCUUGGCGGAGAAGAAGGUUUGAGGAUUUUAGACGAUAUGAUGAAUACCGAACAUACAGAAGUGUCGCUUACCUUUGAAUUGCCAGAGACCGGAAUGAUUUCUCCACUAAGUGCUGAAAAUUUUGAAAAGUAUCAUGCCAUUUCUUUGUAG